AUGAGCAUCAGUUUCCCAAAGACCGAGGAGGAGGUCAUCCAGUUCUGGAGGGACGUCGACGCCUUCCAGACCCAACUUCGCCUAACUGAAGAUGGACCCCGCUUCACUUUCUACGAUGGGCCGCCUUUCGCUACCGGUCUUCCCCACUAUGGCCAUCUUCUCGCCUCGACCAUCAAAGACAUCAUUCCUCGAUACUGGUCCAUGAAGGGUUACCAUGUCAUCCGACGCUUUGGAUGGGACACCCAUGGCUUGCCAAUUGAGUACGAGAUUGACAAGAAGUUGGGCAUCUCCGGCAGGGACGCCGUCAUGCAAAUGGGCAUCGAAAAGUACAACGCCGAGUGCAGGGCCAUCGUCAUGAGAUACGCGACGGAAUGGAGGCAUACUAUCGAGCGGUUGGGCCGCUGGAUCGACUUUGACAAUGAUUACAAGUCGAUGGACACAACGUUCAUGGAGACCUGUUGGUGGGUCUUCAAGCAAUUGUUCGACAAGGACCACGUAUACCGCGCCUACCAGAUCAUGCCCUACUCGACCGCCCUCUGCACGCCUCUCAGCCAGAUGGAAGCGAAGCAGAACGAAAAGAUGACCCAGGACCCCGCCAUCAUCGUCUCCUUCCCCAUCGUGGGCGUCGAGGGCAUGGAGGAUACCUCUCUCCUCAUCUACACCACCACCCCCUGGACAUUGCCGUCUAAUCUCCUCAUUGCCGCGCAUCCCGAAUUCGAGUACAUUGUCAUCCUUGACGAGGCUUCCGGCAGGAAAUAUGUCCUCAUGGAGUCCGGCCUCGGCUCCAUUUAUAAGAACCCCAAGAAGGCGAAGUACAAGGUCCUCAAGAAGCUCAAGGGUACGGAUAUCAUUGGCUGGAAAUACGAGCCGCUGUUCAAGUACUUCGUCAAGGACUUCUCCGACUGUUUCCAGGUUAUUGGUGCCGACUACGUAGAGGCUGGUGAGGGUACUGGUCUCGUUCACCAAGCCCCCGCAUUCGGUCAGGAGGAUUACGACGCCGCUAUUGCCGCCGGCUUCAUCCACUCUAAAAGGCUUCCUCCCUGCCCGGUCGACGAGAAGGGCCAAUUCACCCAGGAAAUUCCAGAGUACGCUGGUCAACAUGUCAAGGUUGCCGACAAGGCCAUUCUAAAGGACCUCAGGGCGACUGGUCGUCUUAUCGUCGACAGCACCACGAUGCACACGGACAAGUUCUGCUGGAGAUCCGACACUCAGCUUAUCCGAAAGGCCGUGUCGUCCUGGUUUAUCCGGGUAACCGACUCCAUUCCGGAGAUGCUCGAGAACCUCGAGGGAACCAACUGGGUACCUACAGCCGUCAAGGAGAAGCGGUUCGCCAACUGGGUCGCUAACGCCCACGACUGGAACGUGUCUCGAAAUCGUUACUGGGGAACACCCAUCCCCCUCUGGGUUAGCGAGGACUACGAGGAAGUUGUCUGCGUCGGCAGCAUUGCCGAACUGAAGGAGCUGAGUGGCUACGAGGGACCCUUGGACGACAUCCACCGAGACAAAGUUGACCACAUCACCAUCCCAUCCAAGAAGGGCAAGGGUGUACUCAGGAGAGUAGAAGAGAUUUUCGAUUGUUGGUUCGAGUCGGGAAGCAUGCCUUAUGCCCAAUGCCACUACCCCUUCGAGAACAAGGAUAACUUUCAAGGCGGCCUCUUCCCCGCUGACUUCAUCGCCGAGGGUCUCGACCAGACCCGAGGUUGGUUCUACACCCUAACAGUUCUCGGCAACAAGCUCUUCCACGUAUCGCCCUUCAAGAACUGUAUCGUGAACGGUAUCGUUCUUGCCGAGGAUGGAAAGAAGAUGUCGAAGCGUCUCAAGAAUUACCCUGAUCCCGCGCUCAUCCUCUCGCAGUACGGAUCUGAUGCCUUGAGGCUGUACCUGAUCAACUCACCUGUGGUGCGAGCGGAGUCUAUCCGAUUCAAGGAGUCCGGCGUCAAGGAGAUUGUGUCGCGUGUCCUCCUGCCUCUUUGGAACAGUUACCGCUUCUUCUCCGAGCAGGCGGCGCUUUACAAGAAGACUACGGGAGUGGAGUUUGUGGGCGCGAAGUCCCUAUCCGGCGACCAAUUGGGCAAUGUCAUGGAUAGGUGGAUUCUCGCCAACUGCCAGAGCUUGCUACGCUUCAUGGACCAGGAGAUGGCAGGUUACCGACUUUAUACCGUGGUCCCCAGACUGCUCCACAUCAUUGACGACCUUACAAAUUGGUACAUUCGAUUCAACCGCAAGAGGCUAAAGGGCGGCGCUGGCCUCGGUAUUGAGGACACCGAGGCUGCUCUUAACACCUUGCUCGAAGUUCUUUUCACCAUCGUCCGAGCCCUGGCGCCGUUCGCGCCCUUCUUGACCGAACACAUCUACAGCCUUCUCAAGCCUCAGCUCAAGCUCCUUCUCGAGCCCUUCAAGGAUCCCCGCAGUGUACACUUCCUUCCCUUCCCCACCGUCCAAGAGGCGCUAUUCGAUGAGGUUGUCGAGAGGAAGGUGGCUGCGAUGCAAAAGGUCAUCCAGCUUGGCCGAACAGUCCGAGAGCGAUGCACUCUCCCUCUCAAGACUCCCCUUCUCUCCCUUGUUGUUAUUGCCGACCCCGAGAUCCUUGAAGAUGUGGAGUCAUUGAGCUCCUACGUCAAGGAGGAGUUGAACAUUCGCAACAUCAUCCUCACGAACGACGAAACGCAAUACAACAUUGUCCUCGAGGCCAAGGUCGAUUGGCCCACUCUCGGAAAGAAAUUGAAGAAGGACGUUCAGAUUGUCCGAAAGGGACUGCCCGACCUUACGCAAGACCAGCUGAGGCAGUACCUCAAGGAGAAGACCAUCGUUGUCGGAGGUAUCCAGCUCGAGGAGAACGAUCUCAACAUCGUCCGUGUGCUCGGCGACUCGGCGGUGCAGUCCAGCGACGGAGCCAAGUGGGAGCCUGCCUUUUCUGAGGAUGUUAUUGUCCUUCUCGAUACCGUGCCGCACCCCGAGCUCGCCGAGGAAGGUAUCGCGCGUGAGAUCAUCAACAGAAUCCAGAAGAUGAGGAAGAAGGCCGGCUUGGUGCCCACGGACGACAUCCGCAUGCAGUACAAGGUCGUGGCUAAGACGGACGACCUCGACUUUACCAUCUUGGUGUCGUCUCGCCAGGAGUUGUUCAGGAGUACGGUGCGCGGACCGCUGGAGCCAGUCGUCGAGACUCUGGAGGUGGAGUCGCUCAUCUUGGAGGAGGAGCAGGUCAUCGGCGAUUUGACUCUCAUGUUGAGACUCGCGAGGUUGUGA